GGAAAGAAACAAGACGAUGUUGAACAAAAUAACACCUAAGAAAUUUCUCUGCCGAUUCGAGCUCGAGGUGGGAGCUAAGGUUGUGGGGAUCCUAAUGUGUCUGCUAAUGGUAGCAUGUAUCAUAGCGACCGUCAUCCAAACCCUGGGCCUGAAGAGCUGCGAGUCCUGCUCCUACAACUCCUGGAAACACGCCUUCAGCCUCAGCGUGUCUGCUGCGGUCUACUGCUGCAUCAUGCUAUGUGUCAACAUCUGGUUCCUUUGGGGAGUCAAGAAGGGUAAAGCAUCAGUAAUUCUGAGCUGGCUGGUGAUCAGCGCCGUGUGGCUGGCCCAAACCAUUUGCCUGCUGAUCGUGCUCCUGUGGGAGUACUCCUCACGGGUCUCUCUCGUCGUCUGGGUCAUCUGCCUGUGUCUCACCAUUGUUUGUGUUUGUAUUUUGCUGUACUGUCUGCUCGUGGGCUACGGCUUUUGGCUGCAACUCAAGAACAAUAAGCAUCAGCAAGCUGCUGAAUGA